UCAGGAGUCCCUCAGUCAGAUUUCAUGGCAGAGGAGGACCAGAGAAAAACCUCAGAACGACAACUUCUUUACUAUCCUACCCACAACUGGACCACAGUUUGUCGGUGGAGAGGACAAAAGAUUCACAAUCAUUGGGGAUUUCAAAGACAACAAUAGAACUCUUCUUUUAUCCAGUGUUACCUUGAUGGAUGAAGGGAUUAUUAUCACUUAGAGCUCGAUGACAAAAUCCGGCUAUGACUCCAUGAAACAAAUCAGCAAAUAACCUAAGUUGGCUUUAUAGCAGCUGUCACUACAUAAAAUUGGUCGUUUUCACAGCUUUAAUGAUGAGUUCAAACACAUUUUGUUUCUCAGUUUAGCAGUUUAACAGCACAAUGAAAACACCAGUUAGCAUCUCCCUUAGUCCUGCCUCCGGGUCUUCAGCCAUACACUGCUGGUGACGAGGCUCUUUGUGUAGUGUCGUAAAUGGAGGGUAAUGGCGUACACGAUGCUGCUGCUGCUGCUGCUUCACCAGGUUAGAGAAACAAAAGCACUCCGGGUGAUUGGUGGAGAAAAAACCGUGGUUCAAGAUGGAAACGCUGUUUUACCCUGCAUACUUAUUGAAACUCAGGAGUCCCUCAGUCAGAUUUCAUGGCAGAGGAGGACCAGAGAAAAACCUCAGAACGACAACUUCUAUACUAUCCUACCCACAACUGGACCACAGUUUGUUGGUGGAGAGGACAAAAGAUUUACAUUCAUUGGGAAUUUCAAAGGGAACAAUGGAACUCUUCUUUUAUCCAGUGUUACCUUGAUGGAUGAAGGGAUCUACACGUGCAUCUUCACGUUGUUCCCCAGUGGCAGUCACAAGACGGAGAUACCUUUGAACGUGCUUGUGCCUCCAGUGACCAGUCUGGAAUCUAAUACUCCCACUGUGGGUAAAGACGAGGUGUUGUUUGCUACCUGCACUGCUGCUGUCUCCAAACCUCCUGCAGAAGUGAAGUGGAACAUCAGUCCUCUUGGAGAAAAAGUACGUGCGGCAACCAGCGCCACCCAGUAUACCAACGGUACAACUACAACCAUCAGCUCACUGUUCGGUGUGCCUACCUUGGAAGUUAACAAUCAGUCGGUCCCAUGUGUCGUCACCAGUGAAGCCCUGGCGAACGAAACUCUGCCCUUCACCAUCCAGGUCCAGUUCCCCCCCAUGGAAGUGAACAUCAUUAAAACAUCACCAAACACGUUUGAAUGCGAGAGUAAAGCAAACCCCCCAGCAAAUUUUACCUGGAAAAGAUCCGGCGAGGCUGUGUCUCAGCCUUCUGUCACAGUAGAUGGUGCAAAACUACAAUUUUUGAGCUGGACCCCUGAUCUGAAUGACCUCUAUGAAUGCGAAGCAUCCAACCAGCAUGGAAACAACAGUCACAAGCUCUAUAUUCAGGUUGUUGUGGUAAAAGAUUGCUGCGUUGCUGGUUGGGUCUUAUUUGCUCUUUUGCUUAUCCUGAAUGCAUUGUGGGCCUGCUAUAAAUUUGAGCUUUUACGAAGAAUCAUUGCAUCUGUACGUGGCCGUCAGCCAGUAGCCACAUCUUCCAACUCACCAGUACGCGCUCAAGAAUCAUUACAAGUUCAAGACCAACAAGCAGAGGUAGAGAAAAUAUCUAACUGUGCAUUAAAGACUUUAUUUAUGGUCAUAAUAUUUCUCAUGCAUAUUAUGUUAUUUGAGGUGUAUUAUAUUUUUGCACCAAUAAUUUCAGUUUAUUUAUGUUGUUGGCUGGCAACAGCCAUGUUUUUGGGUUGUUCAUGCCAUUUUUGUGGACUCAAAAGAUCAGGAAUGCCUGGAAGGAAUUUCACUGUAUUUUACAAACAUGCCCUCUUGGAUUCAAAGAAGAACUUACUAGAACUUGGUGGUCAAAUGUCAAACAAGUUUAGGGCGAACUUAGGAAUUCAUGCAUAUGUUAUGCUAAAAUUUCACACAAAUGUCUAAUAGAAUAAAAUGAUGAAGUAAUGAUGAUUAUUACCAUAAGUCAGGAACAGAAGGGCAGAGUGUGAGCAUAUUUCACAUUUGCUCAGAUACUGAAUUGGUGAAUCAUGGUUGCCAAACUUCGAUGACUGGAUAAUUCUUAAAUGCUGCCAGGUGAAGCAUUUUAGAAUCUUUAGCUUCUUUGCAGAAACAUCCAUAUUGUCUUGUUAUGUCAGAGUGUUGUGUUCCAUCAGAAGCAGCCUUAUUGGCUAAAAAUGUGAACAUAUAGGAGGAGAUUUGUUAUUUUUUUUGUUUUCUCACUGAACUUACAAUCUUUACUAUUGUAGAUAUUUAUAUUGUGUUGACUGACAUGGAUGUAAACUACAGCUUGACUGGUUGAUGGAGAUACUGUAUACAAGCACCAGGUGGUAUUUCUAUUUAUGUCUGCUGCUUUCGACACAACUGGUAAGCUACAAAGUAAAAGUCGUCUUUUUUUAACUUUGUGUUGUGCGUUCAAUUAUACAGCAGAGUUUUUUUUUAAAUGCAUUGUCUUCUUAAAAAGUUUGUUCUGGAUUUGAAAUGAAAUCUUGUAAUCAAAUGCUUUGAAUUGUCUGCCAUAGGAACCCCUGUGACAGAUGCAGAAGCAACAGGACAGACAGCAGUCAGACUGUGGAAUGCAGAGACUUCACCACAAACGUGCGUCAACAGCAGCUGAACAGAUGGAGAACAGGUGCAGGAGUCAUGUCAGUUCAGAUUCCUGGUUUCAGUUAAAUUUUUUUCUUGUAGUUUCCAUCUUUAGCAUGAAGUUUCUGUCUUGCAGUUGUUGUAGGUGGUCCCUGAUUGGCUGCUUGAUGCAAUUAUCAACAAGUACACAAAGCAAGUAUUAUACUAAAUAAGUGGCAGAAAAUGAAUGCAGACUCCAUAACCAUCAAACCGAAAAUGUACGCGACUAUUUUGACCUAAGAGGGAAGUCUUCUUAACUGACUUUCCCUAUCAUUCACAUCUGUAUAGGAUGUGGCUUCACUGCCUGCUUCCUUAACAUCAACAGAUUUAACGAUAGUGAAGUACACAGGAGGCCAGGUUACUCUGAUGACCCAGAAACACACAAGCAUGAACCGUGUUUAUUGUACAUUAGCAUAUGCACGCAACACGUCUGUUUUCCUGCGCCCGUCAUGUCCUGAAUGAUGUCAAAGCGAUUUUGAAGCUCAUAAGUUUACAGUGUUUUACGUAGAAGUUAAAAGUUUUCCAUUUUCUUCCAGAGGGAUCCAUGGGAGCAGUCAGUGUUUGACAUUUGAUGUGGCACUUAUUAUUCUCUUCAAAAAACCAACGUUGACAGUAUUUUCUCAGUGGUUGUGAGGACAGCUGGUUUCAUUCCACGUCAAUUCAACAAAUGUUUUCAAAAUAGUUCACACCUGUGCAUCUUUCAAUUUCAUAUAGAUGUAGAUAGAUAUACAUAUACAGAUAACAUAGCUAUAACAUGAUGAGUAAACAUGGAUAUGUAUGAAUAUGCUUAUGUACAGGUAUGGCAUGGAGGAUGUACCCACAUUUUGGUUAUUUCCAUCAAAAAUUUAUCAUUAUCAAGGGGAAAAGACCUGUAUUAAACGUGAUAUUAUUACACGUGAAGAGAGAAGUGUCAUGUUUUGCAUGUUUUGCUGAUCUGGGAGAGCAGUUCUGCUUUCUCUUGUUUUGCAAAAGCAGCAGCCUUUUGUUAAAGGAGCUGCUUAAGGUCGCCACAGUCUCAUGCAGGGGGUGAGAGGUGUUUUCUCGGAUGGAUGUCAGUUUCUUCCUUCCUUCAAUUCAUCUUCUUGGUGGAGUCCAUGGGACAGUCCAGGACAGAGCUGAUCCUCCCUAUCAGUUUGUUUAGUUUCCUUUUGUCCCUGUCUGUCCUUCUGUAUCCCCAGGAGAGUGCUGCACAGAGGAAUGCAGAAGCAGAAGGUAGUUUUUGACAGUGUCCUGCACACACCAAAAGACCUCAGUCACCCCAGCACUGGACAUCUCUAUUAUUAGAGCUGCAAUGUUGCCUUUCAGCUAGAAGAUCCCGGUUCGUAUCCUGGCCUGGUCCUAGGAUCUUUCUCCACCGAUUUUCUUCGAGCCUAGUUAUAAUGUUCAGUAUGUCUUCCAGUGGGGAGCACUGGUGGAGUGGUUUAACUUGCCAUACCUGCUAAUUGAUUGUCCUAACAUUGAUUAGAAAUACAAAAAACUUACUUUUUUCUCACUUUCCUUCAAAAAAAUCUGCCAAAUUGAAGAUGGACAGGCAAAAACUUUUUUUCUUUUAUUUUGGCGAACUGAAAUGGAAUCACUGAGCUGUACUCACAACCACUGACAAAAUCCUGCCAACUCUGGUCUUUUGAAAGGAAUAAAAAUGUCUUUGCUUUCCUUUCUCAAAAGGAUUUUACAAUCAGUGAGGUCAAAAAGUUCUUUAUUGUCAUAUCAUUCCACAUUUACACAUGAAUUAAUACGAAAUUGGACCCUGGUCCCGGUUUCAGCCAUAAGACAAUAUAAAAACACUUUCAUAAAAGACAAUAUAAGCAUAAAGAGACUACAACAAACACUGACUGUUCCCAUGGAUCCUUGUAAUAACAUUUAUUUUACUAGGAAAUGGAAAACUUGACUGAAAAUAAAUGAUUUUUCAUGGAUCCUGCUGCCUAGCCGAAAACAGUGCCUUUUGCUGGAUAAAAAUGUUCUGAAUGUGCGUAGCAUGGACAGUAAUGUCUCUUCAAUCAGUUACCUUAGUUACUCUGUUUAUUAUUCAACUGGAUGCAACACGUGAGAAAACUUGAGAAUAUGGAAUCAACAUCUGACAGUAUUGUGGUAGCACACACACACACACACACACACACACACACACACACACACACACACACACACACACACACACGGUAUUGUUUAAAAUAUUUGCCCACUGCAGCCCUCUGCUGUUAUAUUUUUGCAUAUUUUGCAUUUUCGAGAUUUUACAAAUUCACAACCUCUGCCUCAAAUUCUCUUUUUGUCAAAAUGUAAAAUAUUUAAUUCUUUUCAUUUUCAUUAAUUUUCAGAUUGUUCAAAAGGUUAAUGUUUUUCUAAACUCCCAGCUACAGAGCCAAAGUAUUUUUGUGUGUGCACAAAUCAUUAACUCAGCAAUCAUGGGAUCAUUAUGUUGUGCACAAGGUAAUGACUUGUUAGUACAUGUUAAUAACUUGUGUGUACAUGUUAAUAACUUGUGUGUACAUGUUAAUAACUUGUGUGACCAUGUUAAUAAAUUGUGUGUACAUGUUAAUAACUUGUUAACACAUGUUAAUAACUUGUGUGCACAUGUUAAUAACAUUUAUGAGGCUUUAAAGGCUCAGUACUUGACUAAGGACCAUACAGCUUCAGAGUUUGGUUCAUUACUGUGGUCCAACCGUAUGUUGGCUAAUUUAUUAUUAUUUUGUGUUUGAUUAGGCUGUUGCCACCAGAUUUGUCAUUAACUUGCUCAUUCUGAUACAUCACAGUGAUGUGUGGUAGGACAAUAGGCAGGACGUACAUAAAUGAAUGAAUAUGCUACAUAAUAAUCCAUAUUUCCACACUCACAUUCACUUACAUAUUCUCAAAGUUUAUACCAUAUUUCCCAAGUUUUCAUGCCUUACUUCAGACUAACUUCAUAAAACAAUGAAGUAGCUGUGCUACUACAAAGAAGAACAUACGUUACUUUGCCAAGCACCUUUAUUAUUAUUUAUUGCAGCACUUGAGUUUACAUCUGUUCAUCCAUUUAUCUGUUCAUCCAUUUAUCCGUUGAUCUAUUUAUCCGUUCAUCCAUUUAUCCGUUGAUCUAUUUAUCCGUUCAUCCAUUCAGCUAUGUCACUCUACUACACAACACUAUAGAGCAGGGGUGUCAAACAUACGGCCCGCAGGCCAAAACCAGUACACCAUACAGUCCAAUCCUGCCCACAGGAUGACUUUGCAAAGUGUAAAAAUUACAGAGAAGACAUUAAGUACAAAUUUGUAAAACUGUAAAUCUGAAGUAUUUUCUAGACCUUUACAAGUAUUUUUGAUCAUAUAGCAAAAUACUAUAUUGUUCAAUUCCAGAUGUGAUAUUUUAGUACUUUGUGCCUUUGUAGAUGCACUCGUUAAUGAUAAACUGAGGUAUAACAUUGUUGAACUGAACUUAUUUUUCUAAAUACAUUUCAGGAUGUACAUAAUGUUUUGUAAAAAGGUAGUUCAUAAAAUGUGAACAUUUUCAAGAUUUCAUUUUAUGUAUUAAAACAAAGAAAAAAUUUGGAGUUGUUGUUAUUUAUAGGUGAUUAUGCCAUGAUUUUACUGGUUCGGCCCACUUGAGAUCACAUUGGCCUGUAUGUGGCCUCUGAACUAAAAGAAGUUUGACACCCCUGCUCUAAACAUGCAAUCGCACUGAGCAUGCAUUCUGUGCUCUGAUCUACUGAACCUCUGAAAAACUAAACUACUAACUGUUCUCUGCAUAGUUACUGCUGUUAUUUUUUUUCAUAACAAUGUUGGCAAAUACCCUCUGAUAGCAGUGUUACUCACCAGACAUCGUAUUCUGAGGAUCUCUGUUAUGGUUAUACACACUGAAGUAGAGACUAAGCAAAAUGUGAUUUUAUGAUAUGUUGAAGAUCAUCAAAGGUCAAAAUGAAGCACAAAGAGUUUCAAAGGUUGUCGUAUUAUUUAUCCUCAAUAAUCCGAAUAUCAGACAAGUACUGCAAACUCACCUGCUAAUCUGUUUUGUAUGCCAGCAGAUCUGAGAAGAUCCAGGUUGACAGCGGGCAGGUAUAUUUAGACAGUGAGUCAUUCCUCCCUGCUCAGCACAGAAACGUGUACGUAAUGGAAACAGGAGGGCUUCAGCCCAACAGGCAGCUUUAUGAAGUUAAGGUAUAACACUGCUUUGAUCCAGUAGCUUGUGCAUAAUUGCCAUGUUUACCAUCUGACAAUAAAUUAAUUCAAGUGUCGUAGUUAUGUCACAAGUAUAAAGUGUUGAUUAUAUUUGUGGCUAAGACUAAGGGGCCGUUUACACGAGGACGCUUACAGGUAAAAACGUCAAAAUAUUGCAACAAAACACCCUAUCGUUUAUACGAGGACGGCGUUUUGGGGGCUUAAAAACGCAAAAAUUUGAAACCGGCCUCCAGAGUGGAAAAGUUGACAACUCUCCGCUGCUACGUUUCCUCUAAACAGCAAAACGCAAAACUUUGCCGAGAUCUGACCACGUUGUGUACGCAGUUACGUCACAUACGUGCGCCGGUGCUUUGGUUUGCCGGCCGGUACAAGGAAGUAAACAAAGAUGUGUGAUUAUUUCCAUCCUUCGUACCUUCAAGCAACUCUGGCAGCUCUAUGUACACUACAGGAGUCGUACCACCAAACAUGCAGAAUCUGUACAGAUUCCAUUCAUGAACAUUUACCGCGGCGGAGAUCCGAAAAGGGAGACAGUACGCAUGCGCGUAGACAUGGCGGAGUUUUAUCACAGCGCCACCCAGCUGCCUGGCAUGCAUAUCCAAUCGAAUUCCACACACUACAGAGUCACCGUAUAUACGCAGAUUUCCUUCAAAACCGCUCGUCUAAACAUGAAAUGACAAGACGCCACUUUUGCGUUUUCUGUUAAGAUGGUCCUCGUGUAAACGUAGCCUGAGAGCCAAUACUUUCAAGAAUUGGUUGUAUUAUAAUCAGUGCAGUCAAUGUAUUGUCAAAACCAUUUACUCUAACCAAUAGAUAGCAUCAAAUAGCAUUAAACUACAAGCAUUAGAGUCUACACCAUGACUUAUAUAGUAGAUUUCACUUCACUGUUAGAACUUUUACCUGCUCCACCAUUUAUCCUCUGAGGACCAUAGAUGUGUGUUCAAGGUUUCAUCCUGAAUUGAUUUUCUUAGACUUAGCCUGAGGUUAGACGUCUUUUUGAGUGUUUAUUAUGGACCAGGUUACAUUUAUUAGAAUUCAUCUUGCAUAGGUUAUAUUACGCUUGUAUAAACACGCGUUUUCUUUAAACUUGAAACCUUUGUUAAGUGUGUCCAGUCAACAAUAUUUAGUCAAAUAUGCCUUAUAUUUCCUCUCAUUCAGAUGCACCGCUCACAAACUAAUCAGUAACAUAAUGUGACUAAUAACGCCCUUCAUCCUAACCUGAACCAUUCCAAUAAGAUGCAUAAUCCAGACCCCUAACACUAGGUCUUAACCCUCAAACAGCCUGUGGAAAGUAUGUCAAAGUGAGAAAAGUUCUGGUUUUGUUUAAUUUUUUCACUUAAACUGGUUCACAUGAAGGCAGUCAUUCCAGUAGACACACUAUAUGUUGACGAUGCAAUCCAUGUCGGCACCAAGAUGAAUAUUAUAUUUAAUUUGUUAUGUUGUUGAAAAUUGUUCCUUAAAUGAAGAAAAUUGGAUGUGUGCUUCUGAAAUUGUCAAUUUGUGUAAUUUAACAAUGAGGUCAUCAGUUGGCUUCUGUUCACCUCAACAAAUGAGUAAUGUAAUUUAAUUUUUUGAUUUUUUUUUUAAUAACUUGAGGUAAUUUACUGAGAAACUAAAAGAUGUAAACAAUACAUGGGGAAAAACAGUAUAUAAAUGAUCAUUCAUUUUCCCCCACUGAUUUUUAUCCUUAAAUUUAAAUACUCUUUGCUUGAAUACAGCUUCAUUUUAAAAAAUGAAGAGUUUGUAGUGCUUUUUACUAUAAAUCUUUUUUUUAAUCAUUCUAAUCGGUGUGUUUUCUUUUGCCCUUCAGCUCAGCCCAAAAUAAUUACGUUCCUAGCCAACAAAACUGCAUUUUCAGUUAUAUUUUGACAGGAGACAUAUUUUCUCCUGGGUCAUUUUUAUGCGUCAUAAAUAUGUUCAUAACAAAGAUACCUCUGUCAUUUGUUGUGCUGCAUGUCUGAUGGGAUCAGGACUCAUCACAGUGACAACCCAGAAAUCAGAGGAGUCAUUUUGAUAAACAUGUUGUGUAAGUUUUACCCAAAGCUGUGAUGUUGUCCAUGAUCAAACAUACUGAGAAUGACCAACUCCACUGUAAUUUCACCUGGACAAAGGAUGGUCUUUUGGCAUUGGGACAAUGAAAAAGAGGUUACAGGAGGCUCUAGUGCUUCCAUUGGGGUUAAAUAUGCAUAUGCAGUUCUUUGUCAGCUAACAAAUACGGGGGCAAGUCCUCAACCUUUUUCUUAUUGUUCUACGGCCCAUUCAGAGGUGGAAUUGGGGUUACCCUGUGACAAUUCUUACCCAUUAUAGUCUCAGAAAUCUUUUGAGUUAUGGUAAAUAUACACUGACUAUGUCUAGGCUAAGAGAAAGGUAUUUGGUGCCUAAGUUGUAUUUGAAAAUGUAAAUGAGAAUGCAGUUUAGUCGUAUAGGAACAUAAUAUUUGAGAGGCAGGGUUACUUUUAUAGUGUGUACUGAAGGUUUUUGUAUUUAACGUGUGUGCAUUUUUAAAUUUUUGUGUUUUUUUAUUAUUUACUUAGUUAAUGCAGUGUGUUCUUUACCUUUUCUUUACCAAAUCAGCAUUAGUGCGCUCAGCUGUUUCUAGUCUAAAGUUCAUUUGUCAGAUAUGAAUCUUUGGGUUACAGAGAAAUCUAUCAGCUGCUCAGACUGAAGGAAACAUGAGACUGGAAAAAAUGACUGAAACAUACGUUGUGUCUUAUCAUUCCUACCACACACUCCUUUUAAAGGACAAAUUAUUUUCCACUGUGUUACUUACAGACACAUAAAACAGCUACUGCUCGCUGUAUUUAUUCUGUUGUCAUAUUGGUAAUUCCUUAUUUGCUUUUUAGUUUCUUAUUAGCUUUGAUUUAUACAGGAGAAUGGAAUAAAAAAUUUGGGAUAUCUCAGCUCCUGUUUCUUUGAUUUCUUCAACUGUUGUUUAUUUUUAUUUAAUAAUCUGUCUCUUGUGAGUCCCUUCCACUUUAUAGAAGUGAAAUGUGAAAUGACCAGAGCAUCCUUAUGGCUAAAUAUCACAAAAACACCAGAUUUACAUUCAAAAAUGUUCUACUCAAUGUACUGCCGCUCUCUUCUGCAGCACCUUCAUCGUGCAUUUCCUGAGUUUGCAUUCACUUUCCCAAACCUUUGAAUUAAAUAAGCAGCAGCAGCACACCGUUUAACAUUUCACAGUUAAAUUUAGUAUAGAAUAUAAAUCUGGUGGAAAAUAAUCAGGAAAUGCCAUUUCAUCGCUAGUUACCAGUGAACACGUUAAAACGCACCAAGUUAAAAGCGGAAUUGGAGAUGUUGUGACAAACUCAGUGAGAAAAACUGUGGUCUUCUUGGGUAGAUUAUGGUUUAUUUUUAGUCUUGACAUUUCACACUUCUAACCACAAAUACAGUUUAAAUGCUCCGUGUACCCAUGAAAUGUCUGUUUAAAUGCUGCGUUCAGUGUCAGGUUUUCUCAUUAAAACUCUUCUGAUAAUUGUUCCGUGUUCCUUCGCAAGCAUUUAAAGCUGCAAUAAUCCAUGAAAAAAGGUCCACUUCUGCUCAAAAAGACUUUUUUUGUCAUUGUUGCAACUUGACACUUUAUAAUUAAUCUGCUGAUCUUUGACAGUUUUAGACGAGUACUGGGAAGCAACCGAUACAUGUGUGAAGCCUGCAGCCUGCAUUGCACAAACAGAAAGUAUUGACUUUCAGAGAAGUAUCUAGUACUUAAACUAGUGAAAUGAAACAUGUUUGCAGUUUUAAAGAUUCUGUAUUUUUUAGUGAUAGGGGAGGCGUGGGUAUUAUUGCAGAAAUUCUGGUCCCAGCUAGGAAAUGUAAGACCGGAAAUGAUUCAAAGUACAGUACUUUCUUAAAUGUUCAGACAUACAUCUUUAAGAAUGAGUGCAAAACCUGUUAGUGACAAACCUACGGAGGAUUGUCAUCUGUCUCUGCAGAGCUUUUAUCAUUUCGAAGCACUUAUUUUAAAGUUCAGGCCUACAGUUCUGCCUUGGUUAUCCAGUUUCAAAGUACCUGCACAGCAUUCAAGCAGUAGACAGCCGCCCACACUAACUGUGGUUUAGUUCAGGUUACUUCUUGUUAAAAGGGAAUUUUUCUUCUCCACUGUCACGGACACUUGCUUCAAAGGAAAAACUGAGUUUCUCACUAUAAUAUUUUUAGGAUUUUAUCUUACUAUUAACGGUGCGCCAAUGACAUCUUUUAUGAUUUCAUGUUGUAUAAAUAUAACUCAAACGACAGACAAGGUGUCAGACGUUUCCCUCAGUAGUUUCACCUCACAAGCCCACUACAUUUACUAUAACAGCUUUAAAAGAUUUUGCUCUUGAUUGCAUACAGUACAUUGUUUUAAAUAGCAGCUUAAACCAGCUGAUAGCAUUACAAAAACACUGGUUUUCUUCUAUAAUGUCUGCUACACAUGGUAUUGGCUCGGUAAAGGUUUGCUCAGCUGGCCAUGCCUUUGAUUAUAUUGAUGAAUUUCCAGGCAGUUUUCAUAAAUAUCUCCUGUUGGCUGCUGCUGUUAGAAGAAAAAAACAAACAAGAAGAGAGCAAAAUGUAAAUGUAGUGACCAUAAAAUGCUAAUAUUUAAGUCUCAAGUGCAAAACAGUAACUCAGAUAUCUACAGAUUGUGUAAAAGUUGUAGCUUCUCAGUGGACAAGAUGGAAAUGAUUAUAUUUACCGUUUCUGCUAUGGUAGACGGCCCGCUAUUUCUGUGAAGAAAAGGAAUGUUUUGUAUUUUUAAUAUUACAGUGAUGUAAAGCCAUUAGCACAGCAUUAAGUUUUUCAAAAAAUGACUGGAGGCAAAUGCAACUUACCCUCUCCUCCGUUUGUUGCAUCUUAUUAGAAUGGCCAAACCAAUUAAAAAGAUCAGGAGACACACAGAAGAAACAGUAGCUAUCAUCAGAAUGUCCCAGUUUUCUGUGCUUUCUGGAAAAGAGAGCAGUUUGUUACUCAUUUAACUGCAGGUCUAAUAUGCAGUUAAAUUCAGCUGAGAUGGUAUGAUUAUUAGGGCACUGAUAAUACUGAUGAUCAUUAUUUUUACAGGCUGUCUGUCCGUUCUAGUCCUGUGCAUGCAACGUGUUUGAGAGAAUUUCUGCAAAUUUGGCACCAACUUUCUUGUAGACUCGAGGAAGAACUGAUUGGAUUUUUGUGAUCAGAGGUCAAAAGUCAGAAGUCAGGAAUUCAUUUGCUCAUCGUGACAGAAUUUCAAACAAAAGUCUAACCGGAUAGAUAGUAAAAAUUGAUUAAUCAAUGCCACUGAUAUCCCGAAAGUACCCGUGUGACAUGAUAAGGUUGUUCAAAAACCACUGUAGUUAUAGCAUGAUUCAAUGCUCUAACUGCAGUGAUGGAAAAACGUUUUCAGACAUCCCAUGCAUUUGUGAAAUAUUGCAUUAACAGUCACUCUUAAACGCAUUCUUCAAGUGCAAUUUCUUUCAGUACAAUCACAGCCAUAAUACUAAACAAAUCCUUAAAAAAGCCAUUAAAAAAAUUAAAAUUGAUUGUUUCCAUAAAAAUAAGAAAUUUAGAGUAUUGGGUCAUUUUUGGAAGAAUUUCGUUUUGUUAGUUUUUCUUGUCAAAUAAAAUCAUUUGUAUUUGUUUUUGCCUGUCUAGCGCUGUCUAGCAACACAAAAUAGAUUUGUCCACAAAUACUUCAUGAUAGUAUUUGAGGUUGUGUAAAAUUUUAAGAGUGUCCGAAAACUUUUUUCCACCACUGUAACAUGAAUUUGGUUACACUAAUAUGAGAUGAACACUUUGAAACCACAUUGAUUGUGCAGAUCUCCCCGGUUGCUGGGUUGAGGGUGUGUAUGAAACAUCCACAUUUGAGAUUUUUUAGCUUCUCUACAAUUCUACAGUCUCAUUUCGCCGAUGCUUUUAUCUAAAGCGACGUACAUCAGAGAGUAGAUACACCAACGCUCUGCACCAACAUCCAUAUUUGAAUUAUUGUCUGCUAUCCCAGCUCCAUCAGAAUUAGUUUAAUUGACCAAGCAUGUGAGCACAUGCAAGGAGUUUCCUUUAAAGCUUUCACUGUAUUUAUCACUUGAGUCUGGACAGACAUGGAUUUAAAUUGCAACUUGAGGCGUACAGCUCCGGCGGUGAGGUAGAUCUGCAUGUAAGCUGUGUCUAGACACUAGAUGAAUGGGUGUGUUGGAGUUUACAGUAUAACAUAGUAAUUGUGUUGCCUUAAAUAAUCCGUUCACUUUGUUCCGUGGCCACAGAAAAUUCUUGUUUUGCCGUAUCAUAAAACAAAUAUAAUUGCACACCUCUAAUUAUCAGACUCCAGGUCUGAUCCACGACUCCGCUCUUCGUGGAGACUUCACAAGUGUAGUUUCCCGUGUGAUAGAUCUGAGCGCUCUCUAUGAUGAGCGCAUACAGCCCAUUCUGUAAUUUAGACGUUUUCAAGGUCAGGUUGGUAGCUUCUGGACUGAUGAACCUUUCCUUAGAGUGAAAGUGAACAUGACAUCUCCAUUCAUCGUCCAUGUCAGCUGGGUGAACGUGCUCUUAGACUCAUUGUUACAUUGCAGGGUUACUCUGCUGCCAACCGUUUCUGAAAUGGUUUCCCAAGCUGCUUUCCCUUUGGGGGAAAAAAAAGAGAAAAGAAUGAUUUGCAUGUUUGUCACAUCCACAUUGUCACCAUUACAGGAAUAGGUUGACUUUUUUCACAAAUUCCUCUGUAAAUUCUGUGUAAAUCCUUCUUCCCUUCAGCUAUGUGCUAUUGGUUUCAGAUCCCUUUUUAAUGACGUUGGAUUGUGCAAUAACACAGACCCACUUGGUUCUUUCAGUUCCACUAGUUGUGGAUAAGUUUCUUUUUCCAAGCUAAACAAGUUCACUAUGAGAAUAUAUUGCAGGGAGCACCACUGCUACGUCCUGGUCUUAGCAUUCCUCAAAAGGGAUUGGGAUUGGAUUAAAUAUAGGUUGAUGCUACAGGUACAGACCCGUACCUGUAGCAUCUGUACUAGAGGUACGGACCCGUUAAGGUCACUGAAGAGCUGGUGCCGGUUAACUACUAUUUGCUGCACAUUACAGGCAGUUUAUAUGAAUGACUUUGACGGCGAACAUUGUAUAAUUUAACCAAAAAUACACCGUCUCCUCUCACACUUUAGACAUUGCAGUUUUUACGCUUUUAGACGCCGUGUCUAAAUUGUUUGAAGUCCAGCUCCUAUUAAUUAGUUUACCGCGUUCAGUGGUGGAAGCGGCUGACGAACUCCAUAGACACUACCUUAAAGAUGGUUAUGUAAACCAAGCCGGACAACUUUUUUCUUCCUAUUGCAGAAUAAUAAUAGGAGCAGCUGAACCGUCCUGCUGUGCUGUGCAGGUCUGGCUUUGCUAAACUCAUCCAAAAGUAACGCAGUUCUGAUUGCAAGCCUUUCCAACAAACAAAACUAUCAGAUAAAAACAACCAGUGGUUCACAUUUAGCUUGUUUCUGUCUUUACAGACACAAGAGUCACCUAAAAUGUGCUAAUUUAAGCAGGAAAAAAAUGGUCAAACUGUUCCUGUAGCUGUGUCAGAGUGUCGUGUGGAUAAUUGUUACCUCCUGGCAAGAAGAUACAGAAGAUACAACAUAUCAGAGUCAAGGUCCCAUUGAUGCUCAGUUGUCUAGAAAAGUCGUCCAUCCCACCUUAAAACAAAGAUAAUGUUACGAUAAGCAUCACUUUUAUGUGGGUUUAUAGUAUUGGUAAUUGGUAUUUUUGUAUACACUGUUCAGAAAAGUAGCACUGAGAUUAAAAAUCUCAAGUGCUCUGGUCAAGUGUAGACAUAAAAAACAGACUGAUUAAAUAUAAAACGUAACACCAAAGAGGACAUGGUCAAACUUCACAGCACAACGGGCUUGACAACCUGCAUCGGCAGAUAUUUCCUGUUUUUUUUGGUUUAGUCAAAACCCACAAAUACCUCUAAAAAUCCCAAAAAACCAAACACCUAUUUGUGAAAUUAGAAUUCAUCUUGCGAGUGAGAGUCAUGAAGAAGAUCACAUCAUGUUGAAACCGGGUUAGUAGAGUGACUAUCGUAGCUUACCAAUAGUGAGAAUCUCCAGCUCUUCAGUCUUAUCUUGUUGUGCGUUCCACCAAGAAAUCUGUAAGAAUCUCAGUAUUUUUACGCAGCAGUCUGUAGAACUUGCACACUGGUGAAGUGGUGAGAUUAAACCUGACCAGGAGUGCCUACACGCAGAACUGAAAUAGUUUCCAUGCAGGAAGUGAGUGUUGCAAUGGUGUAGGGGUCUCUGGCCGUGUGCUUGUUUCUUUGAGGUUUGCAGAGGAUGUUGUCACAUUUAAUCUGUUUUACAAUGACGGUGUACUGUCGUGGCUUUAGUGCUGUUGGAGUCAUUCUGCUGGCAGAGUCACAGCGACAGGCCUUAGAUCAGGCAACAUGCUCUCAUUUUAUGUUUCAAGAUCGAAAAUGCUCAAAGCAACUUUCAGGAAGCUAUCAAGUCUUAUCUUGAAACUGAAUGUUCAGUGGACCUUGCAGCUCACACACCGUCACACAGAAACUGAAAACGUCACCAGAGCCUGAAGAGUGUUGCAGUUCAGUGGAGUUUUCAUUUUUCACUCACAACAGUGGCUCCAUUGUCACAAGCUGGUUUUGUCAAGCCAUCCAAGUGUGUGAAACGCGUAGGAUGAAGAAUAGAAGCGCAAAUGACAGGUCGGUAAAUGGCAAAGUUCAGGAAUUACACACACACACACACACACACUGUUCACGAUAGCCAUGUCAUCCUGUGACUCCGUGAUCUUUCUCACACUUCUUCAUUUUCACAAUUCAUUUGAGGUUUAACUUUUGUCCCAAGGCAGAAACUCAAGACAUCUCUGUCACCAGUGACUAAUUCAAGUUGAACACCUGCAUUUCACAUAAAGAUAAAACAAACUUAGGUAAACCCAACGCUUGUCAGUUUAAUCUGUAAACUACUCGAGCAAUCCUCAUGACACGUCCCAAAAACUCGUCUGUUGACUCACAAAGAGCAUCUGAUGUCUUUACAGUUUAGACAUAUUUGUUUUAGGCUCUGUUUCAUCUGGACAUAAAAUACGUUCACACCCAGAAAUGAUGGAGCCUGUUCUCAAGCAGGACAGUGUAUUUUGCUGCACUUGUGUUGACAGUUGUCUCCGCACACGUGGUUUGGAACUCCUUCUUCACAAAUAGCAUAAAUAUUGUUUAUCCAGAUGUUUGCCUGGGUGCCUUUUGCAGACAGUUUGUUAUUGAUGUAGGCCGUCUGGAUGCGUCAUUACCUGUAUGACUGGGAAUCUUUACAAAAAUAUUUGCUUUACUUUAUCACGCAGUCUUCAGUUUGAGUUUGUUCAAAUGCUGCAGGAUAUCCACUGAAAUGUUCUUUUCGGAACAGCUCACAAUAAGACGUUUGAACCAUCAGAGGACAUUACAAUCAUAUGUGAAUAAACAAGGGAGCUGCAGACAGGAUAUUAAAAAUGUGGUCUAAAUUCAGUUUUCUUCCAUAGCAGUUGCUCUUCAUAAGAGGUACUCAGCAUUCCUCGCACAUAACUAACCACACAUGGUUUUCUGUAUCUGCAUAACAAACAGCAUCUGUCAUUUUCAAACUGUCAUACUUUUCAGUUAACUUAACAAAACAAACUGGUUAGAUGUUACUGUUGCUGUGGCAAUAAAGACUGUAAGUUAAUAGGAAUCUUAAUAAGACUUUUUUGCAUGCCAGCAUGUUUUGUUGUUGUUCUACCCUCCAGUGCCCAAAAAUCCCAUUUUAAAAUAAAAAGUGGUGAUAAAGGCAGUUUUCACCAAGUGAUUCGUUAUAUUACACACAUGCAUGGAUAAAUUACGGAUAUUUCAAAUGGUUUCUGUGAAGUCUUACAUUGUCGUGAAAUAUUUCAAAUAUAAGGCAACAUAUUUUUAAAGAAUAUCCAGCUACCCACUUUCCACAGGUUGUUUUUCACACAUUGAAAUGUGCGGUUGUUUGGACAACAACUUCUAAACAUAAAAACCUUAAAUUUGUGCUGUUAUUUUUCAUUGAGUCAUUGACUCUUGACAAGCAGAACUCAAACCAAGUUUAUGCCAACAGAGUCGGCCCUGAAAAUAUAAAAUAUGCCCCUUAAAAAACAAAUAAUAAUACAAACAUUUUUCUUAGUUAUAUUUAAAGAACCGUUUUGAAACUCCAGAAUACUGCUGGACUUGGACCAGACUGUCUACCAAUCUGUUUGUUUUGUGGUGCAACUUCUCAAACUUGCUCAAUCAGUUAUGAACUUUGAAUCGCCUCGUUGAUGAAAUGUGCUAUAUAAAUAAAUUUGCCUUUGCCUUUAUGAAAGUGCAACGAAAAUAACUCUCUUUUCACUUUGUGUAUUUCAUAUUAAGAAGUGUUCUUCAUGUUUUCUCUUGUACUAUUGUGAAAUGCAGCUUCCUAUAGUUCAGAUCAUAUCGCUAGUUGACUUCUGCAUUUUUCAUUUUUUGUUCAUGUGAUCAAAGAUGGAACUUUUUGGGGUUUUUUUUCUUGUAAUACCCCUCAUGUUAUUUUCCAAAUUACUGUAUGUAAUAAUGCCAUACUACAUAUUCAUAUUUGAACAGCCAGGCUAUAGAAUUUCCUUUUACACUGCUGCCCCUUAGUGGUCAUACCAAUCCUCACAGCCUUUUCAACUAUUCUUAAAGCAAUAAUCUUCAUAACUGUGCUUUACCUUAUACUGUUUGAAUAAAUAGUUACCUGUAUCUGUUCUUUUUAACUAAUAAACUUCUAUGUUUUGAGAAGCAAA